ACAUUACCCCGAGAUGAGGUACAGAGAGACUUCCAGUUCGAGACUACCAACCUUGACCUUUAAAAAAUUAGGUGUCAUUUCCACGCAGACAUCAGAAUCUUCAUUAUUUUGCAUAAAAGUGAAAGAGAAGAUUCAAAAUGCAGAACAAUAUUGAUCCCCAUCUUGAUUUAACUGGUAAAUUAAUUAUAAAAGUACAGCUAGGCGAAGACAUACGACGUAUACCAAUCCAUAAUGAAGAUAUCACUUAUGAUGAGUUAGUUUUGAUGAUGCAAAGAGUUUAUCGCGGAAAGUUAGGCAGCAAUGAUGAUAUUAUCAUCAAAUACAAAGAUGAAGAUGGAGAUCUGAUUACGAUUUUUGAUAGCUCAGAUUUAUCAUUUGCUAUACAGUGUAGUCGGAUUUUAAAAAUUACUUUAUUUGUUAACAAUAUGCCUAAACCAUUAGAAAGUGAUGAAGUCAAAUUAAUAAAACGAGAAUUACAGUUAAUACGUGAUAGAGUGAAUAGAUUAUUGGAUAGACUAGAACCUCCAGCAACUGUAUCAAGUUCUACCGAUUCUACAAUAUUAAAUAAUACACAAGCGGAAGUUAGUCCUCAUAAAAAAGAAAUUACACCAAGAACGAAUGUAGCAAGUAGUAAAGAGUUUGAUCCAUUAUCUACACAGCGAUCUGUGGAUGAGAAUAGUCAGAGUAAAGUUAUGUCUUCUUUUAAUAUUUCUAACGACGGUACAGGUAAUACAGGUAUUGAAAGAUCUAUCUAUUUGUAG